AUGAAGGUGAUCGGAGCCACGACAUCGGGGUUGGGUGGAAUCUCCAAGGCCAUGGUGAAGAAUAUCAAAGAAAAGGGUGAAAGGAGACAAGAUGAAGAUGGUGAAAAAUCAGCAAUGAAUAAUGGGAAGGAAGAAGAUGGCUUGAGCAUGAUGGAGCAUGCAUCUAUGGUUAAGAAUGCUAAUGGAAAAGUAAUUGUCAUAGUUAAGGAGCUGAAAAUCGAAAAAGAUGAGUUCUUGAAUGCUCCUGAGACUAAGAAAACAUUGUCAACUUCUCAGAUUUUAGUUGCUCCUUCAUCAGAAACUGCAGAUUCUGAAAUUUGGGUUUCGACAGAGCUUGUGACAGUUUUGUCUGUUGAUCAAACAGACGCUAUGGACAAAGAUGAGGGUAAGUUUAAUGAAGAGAAGAUAUGGGAGGAGAUUUAUGCAUUACGAACAAUUACAAGAUACCAAGGGGAUUUGCACAUGUCCUGUGUUGAGGAAUUGAUUGCUUUAUAUAUCUUUGCUGGAGUAGAGCCCCCUACUUAUCUUAAGGAUUCCCCUAAACUCAAGGAAGUUAAUGAUAUGCUUUUGUUCUUGAAGUCUUUGAUUGCACACUACUUACGUGGCCUCCUCCCUCCUGCUGUGGUUAUUGGGAGGUUAUGA